AAAACAGAAAAGCUUUCAGCCAUUGCGCGCGCCUCCCGGGGGUGCAGCCUGGCUUCUCGGUUUUUUCUUAGACGCACCGGCAAUUGGAUACAAAAAGGGCAGGCCUGCAGCUCCCUCCUUCCACCCCCCUUCCUGCCCAGGGUGUGGAGCGCCGGCCAGGUGUGGGCUUGGGUGGCAGGUUACCGCCUUUUGCCCUGGCGGCCGCGAGGAGGGGGGUGGGCGCUUUCUUUUUCUCUUGAAAGAGGGUUUUAGCACAGGUUUUCUCGUUCUCGCUUCCAACCCCACCUCGCCAUCUCCCGACCCCCCUCCUCCCCCUCCCCACCUAUCGUCAUGACGGCGUCUCCGGAUUAUUUGGUGGUGCUUUUUGGGAUCACUGCUGGGGCCACCGGAGCCAAGCUGGGUUCGGAUGAGAAGGAGCUGAUCCUGCUGUUAUGGAAAGUCGUGGAUUUGACCAACAAGAAGGUGGGACAGUUGCACGAAGUACUAGUUAGACCGGAUCAGUUGGAACUGACUGAGGAUUGUAAAGAAGAAACUAAAAUAGACGCCGAAAGCUUGUCUUCCGCGCCGCAGCUGGACCAAGCCCUCCGACAGUUUAACCAGUCAGUGAGCAAUGAACUGAACAUUGGGGUAGGGACUUCCUUCUGCCUGUGUACUGAUGGGCAGCUUCACGUCAGACAGAUCUUGCAUCCCGAGGCUUCCAAGAAGAAUGUAUUACUACCUGAGUGCUUCUAUUCCUUUUUCGAUCUUCGAAAAGAGUUCAAGAAAUGUUGCCCUGGCUCUCCUGAUGUCGACAAGCUGGAUGUCGCAGCAAUGGCAGAGAGCCUAAACUUUGAGAAGAACGACUCUGUCUCCCGAUACGGAGCCUCUCAAGUUGAAGAUAUGGGGAACAUAAUUUUAGCAAUGAUCUCAGAACCCUACAGUCACAGAUUUUCAGAUCCAGAGAGAGUAAACUACAAAUUCGAAAGUGGCACUUGCAGCAAGAUGGAACUUAUUGAUGACAACACAGUUGUGCGGGCUCGAGGUUUGCCCUGGCAGUCUUCGGAUCAAGAUAUUGCAAGGUUCUUCAAAGGACUCAAUAUUGCCAAGGGCGGUGCGGCACUUUGUCUGAAUGCUCAGGGUCGGAGGAACGGAGAAGCUCUGGUUAGAUUUGUAAGUGAGGAGCACAGAGACUUAGCCCUGCAGAGGCACAAACAUCACAUGGGGACCCGGUACAUAGAGGUUUACAAAGCAACAGGUGAAGAUUUUCUUAAAAUUGCUGGAGGGACAUCCAAUGAGGUGGCCCAGUUUCUGUCCAAGGAGAAUCAAGUCAUCGUCCGCAUGCGGGGGCUCCCUUUCACAGCCACAGCUGAAGAAGUGGUGGCCUUCUUUGGACAGCAUUGCCCCAUCACUGGGGGGAAGGAGGGCAUCCUCUUUGUCACCUAUCCAGAUGGAAGGCCAACAGGAGAUGCUUUUGUGCUCUUCGCCUGCGAGGAAUAUGCUCAGAACGCCCUGAGGAAGCACAAGGACUUGCUGGGUAAAAGAUACAUCGAACUCUUCAGGAGCACAGCAGCCGAAGUCCAGCAGGUGCUGAAUCGAUUCUCGUCAGCCCCUCUGAUUCCACUUCCAACCCCCCCCAUUGUCCCAGUACUACCUCAGCAGUUUGUGCCCCCCACAAAUGUAAGAGACUGUAUACGUCUGCGAGGUCUUCCCUACGCUGCCACAGUAGAGGACAUUCUGGACUUCCUGGGGGAGUUUUCCACAGAUAUCCGUACGCAUGGGGUUCACAUGGUAUUGAAUCACCAGGGACGUCCGUCCGGAGACGCCUUCAUCCAGAUGAAGUCUGCAGACAGAGCUUUCAUGGCUGCGCAGAAGUAUCAUAAGAAAACCAUGAAGGACAGAUAUGUUGAAGUCUUUCAGUGUUCAGCUGAGGAGAUGAACUUUGUGUUAAUGGGGGGCACUUUAAAUCGGAAUGGCUUAUCCCCGCCGCCAUGCCUGUCUCCUCCCUCCUACACUUUCCCAGCUCCUGCAGCAGUGAUCCCCACCGAAGCUGCCAUUUACCAGCCUUCUCUGCUCUUGAACCCACGGGCACUGCAGCCCUCCACUGCAUACUAUCCAGCAGGCACUCAGCUCUUCAUGAACUACACAGCUUACUAUCCCAGCCCCCCAGGUUCGCCUAAUAGUCUUGGCUACUUCCCUACAGCUGCUAAUCUUAGCAGUGUCCCGCCCCAGCCUGGCACGGUGGUCAGAAUGCAGGGCCUGGCCUACAAUACUGGAGUUAAGGAAAUUCUUAACUUCUUCCAAGGUUACCAGUAUGCAACCGAGGAUGGACUUGUACACACAAAUGACCAGGCCAGGACUCUACCCAAAGAGUGGGUUUGUAUUUAAGGGCCCCAGCAGUUAGAGCGUCCUCAGAAAGAAGUGUUUGAAAGACGUAUGGUGAUCCUGAAGCUAUCAGACAAGAAAACUUCUAGCAAUUUCAGGGGAUGUUUGUCUACACUCAGGCUGCAGGAUUUUCAGCCAGCAUGAUUGGACAGUAGGCUAGGCUUUAUCUUUUGGUGGAGUGAAAAAAGUUGAGCCAGUGAUGCCAAACCUUAAUAGCAAGCAGCAUGCACACACGUGGCUCCUUGCUGAGUGCAAAUAGGAAUUUAAAAUGUGAAUUUGAAGUCAAAUGUUUCACUUCCAGCUAAAGUGGCAUCAGUUGUUUCCUAAGUUUAAGCCUUAGAGUAAGAAAAUUCCACUAGCAUCCACCAUGCACCAUUAAGUGCUAUGGAAGCUUCAUUGUGUAUUCCCACUUUUCUAGCUCGCUGUGUUCUGUAAAAUAAAACCCCGUUGCUAAGUAAUUUAAGUGUAACUUCUUAGAAUACUUAAAUUCCAAAUUAAGAAAAGGAAUAAAAUUAAAACUAGUAUUUUCCCAAAUAUUAGUUUUCUUCGCUAGGCCAUCAUGGUGCCUUAUAGUUAAAAACAGAUUUUUAAAAACAACCUCAGGCAGGCGGGGCCUAUAGCUCGGUGGCAGAGAGCUUGCCUAGCACACUUGAGCCCCG